AAGAGAAACAGAGGCAAGGUCAUCUCUUGUUUGAGAUUGUGCUUUCUUUUUGCAAGAAGAUCAACAAAACGACAAUCACAUUCAGUAUAUGGACCUUGCAAUUCAAAUUCUAAAUCUAAUUUCGUCAUCAAGCUUUUUUUUAUUUCUCUACUCCGACCUGUAUCUUCUUCUAAAUUCUAUCUUUAUUGCCGCUUUUCAUAAGCGAGUCCAAGUUCUAUUCCUUUUACCCCCUUAUUGUAUUGUCGUACUUACUUCACUUACUUUAUAUCUGCGAAGUACGAAAGCCCCAGAGCGGCCAGAAAGUAGAAAAUGAAGCAGUACCUACUACGCACCGCGCUUGCGUUGCGGAGCUGGAUCUUCCUCCUCGGCAGUUGCAGCCGAUUUUGGUUUCAAAAUGACGGACCGAACGAGCAGCCACAAGUAAACGUGCACAUGGUAAACGCAGUUACGCUUAUCUCCAGUCGCAGCACGGGUGCAGCAGCAAAUUAUGCCAACUUUCUGGAGCGACCGCAGAAUGAUGCGGCAAUUCAGUUUCCACAGCCGGUUCGCUGCAGCGGACUCGCAUCGCCAUCAAGUGGGGUCGCCGGUCUGGCAAUGCCAAUACCCGGACCGGAAUUGCAGCACCCGAUUUUUGAAGAGGACCCCUCUGUAACAAGAAGCACGAACGUCUGGAAUCGCGAGAUCGUCCCCGCGGUAGCGCACCUCAGAAACCACCUGCACCUUCCGACGACCUCGUCCCGGUCAGCCCGUCGGGAAGAUGACAACGACCCAGCGCUCCCACGUCUACUGCAACUGCCCUCCUACACUGCGUGUCCGCUGGCGCCCCACCCGCGCGACGUGCCGUUUCCUGAAAAACUACUUUCGUGCUAUUCGUAUUCGCAGUUUGAUGUUCCCCCGCGGCCACACAACUGCGAUUUCACCGAGAGGAAUUCUUCCCAACUGCAUCUGUCGAGACUGUAUCAAAAAUUUACCGACAAAUACCAGCCACAGGACUGCCGUGUGCUGCACGCUCCCGGGGGGCUACCGCUCUCCAUCUUGCGGCCCCGAACUGGCAGUGAGGACGCAACGGAGGGGGGGACGACAUCGACACAUGAGGAGCACUACGAUUCGGGUUGUUACAACCUGCAGCAGCCCGAAGCCGAGCCACUUCCGAGUGCCGUUUCGUGGGGUGGGGCGACGGAGUCGGGGAGUACCACCGAAGGACCUGGUAGCAAAAUCCCCAUCCUGACUCUGGUGUGGGUACAUUUUUACUCAGGAUACUUGAAGAUGUUGUUCCGACAGAUGAUCCACCCACGGUGUGUCGCUGCUGCAUGGCGGUGAUAUCGAAUGCAAAAGCAUCGCACUCGUAUAAAUGCAUUACAAAUUGUUCACUUAGCAAUACAAAUUGAAUCUGUAAUGCGGAUUUGCCUUGAUAAAAAGAUUUGUAAUGCAGAAACGCAAUCAGUACGAGUACGAUACUUUUGCACAGGAUAGGUGA